UGGCUAGAUUGGCAUCAUUGUUAUCGCGACGGAGCGACCCAUCUCUAAGAAGGGUACAACAAGGCAAACGAAAAAGAAAACGCAACAAACUGGAAGCCCUAAGAUCUGAAGGAAAUAAAUGGACACAGAAGAAGUAAAGCGGGGUCGCGGACGCGGACGCGGCACCAGAGCUCGCGGACGUGGUCGAGGCAGAGGUCGCGGACGUGGCAAGAAGAUUGAUGACAACAGUAUGGCAGGGUCGGGCUCGGCUACCGGCUCCGCGUCAGCCCUGGCCACCAGCAUUGCAGACAUACAAGAGCCACCAAUGGAUGCUGUGAUGCUAGAUUUGGACAAAGAUGCCGGCGAUAUGGAGGUGGUCAACUCCCCACCACCAACGGCCGCAGGAGCAAUGAGCGAGGACAUGGCACCUCCGGAGCCCCAGCAGAUGUUACCGCCUGUACACAGCAAGACAAUUGACAUGGAAGCAGACAUAUCGCAGCUGGAAGCGCCCACCUUCACCACAUUGUCGCGUGGGCCACCAGAGCCAAUGCUGCGCUUAAAGUGGAACCACAAGGUGAGCCUGAUCGGCGAAAAGGUGCUCAAUCCGAUGAUCCACUGCUGCGAUCAGUGCGACAAGCCGAUCCUCGUCUACGGCCGGAUGAUACCCUGCAAGCAUGUCUUCUGCCUUAAGUGCGCCCGCGCCGAUCCCAUAAAAAACUGUCCCCGGUGCACCGACAAGGUGCUGCGCGUGGAACAAAGUGGCCUGGGCACCGUGUUUAUGUGCACGCAUGGUGGCAGUCGCUACGGCAGCUCCGGUUGCCGACGGACGUACUUGUCGCAACGGGACCUGCAGGCACAUAUUAAUCACAGGCAUGUAGCGCCUCAGCUAUCGCUUCAGCCGCUGCCCCAGCUGGGGGCUCCCAUGGCGGAACCCAAGCUGACGGAUCUGGGCGGCGUGGGCCUGGAGUUGCACAAGCAGCGCAAGCUCUCCGAGUCGUCUGUCCCCACAUCAGCCUCCGUUUCCCGCCCCCUGUUACGCCCACUCCCCGUCCUCGGAGGCAUCGGUACUAUACCACCGCCAGGAUCCGUCGCCGCCCCAAAUGCCAUCCAUGGGCACUCUACGCUAACUCUGGCGAAUCUGGCAAGGAUCAACAAUGCCAACGCCGUUGACUGCCAUCAGGGAAAGGCCUCGUUACACCAGAGCCUAAAGAAGGGUCCGCCCCACCAAUCCGAGUCUGUGGCGGAUGCCUCGUACUACAGCAGCGUUCUUGCCUCAUUUGGGAGUGGUUCGGGGGGUCAGCCAGCUGCUGCAAGUUCAAACAAUAUCGUUCCUGGCGCUGGCGGAUCAAGUGCGGUCCAAGGUGGUGGCUCUGCUGAGAUGGCAGUGGGCGGCUUAGGUGGAAACUGGCAGAAAUCGCAAUACUACAGAUGAGGGACAGAUUUACGACCCAAGUCCAGGGGCAGGAGAUUUUAACGCAGGCACGGCUUUUAGUUAAGUAAAUUACAUAUGUACAUGUACUUUAAGAGGAAAAUAAAAUGUAUUUAAUGGGGAUAUAAGAUGCCCAACAUAA